AUGGGCGGCCGCAGCCCCCUCGCUGCCGCCGGGCCCCGCGGCGCCGCUGUCCUGGUGCUGCUGCUGGGGCGCCUCGCUUUAUGCCUCGCCGUGGAAGGCAAGAAAGUUUGUCAAGGGACAAAUAACAAGUUGACCCAACUGGGACAUGUGGAAGACCAUUUCACCAGCCUGCAGAGGAUGUACAACAAUUGCGAGGUAGUACUCAGCAACCUGGAGAUUACAUAUGUGGAGCACAAUCGUGACCUCUCUUUCCUGAAGACAAUACAGGAGGUUGCAGGCUACGUGCUUAUUGCACUUAACAUGGUGGAUGUCAUUCCCCUCGAAAACCUCCAGAUUAUCCGAGGCAAUGUGCUGUAUGACAACUCUUAUGCCUUGGCAGUUUUAUCCAACUACCACAUGAAUAAAACCCAGGGACUCCGACAGCUGCCAAUGAAGCGUCUUUCAGAAAUUCUCAAUGGAGGUGUUAAAAUCAGCAACAACCCCAAACUGUGCAACAUGGACACUGUUCUUUGGAAUGACAUCAUUGACACAGGCAAGAAGCCUCCCACAGUGCUUGAAUUUGCAAGCAAUCUGUCUUCUUGUCCCAAAUGCCAUCAGAACUGCACAGAAGACCACUGCUGGGGCCCUGGUGAAAAAAACUGCCAGACAUUAACAAAAGUCAUCUGUGCUCAGCAGUGCUCUGGUCGGUGCAGGGGAAAGGUGCCCAGUGACUGCUGCCACAAUCAGUGUGCUGCGGGGUGCACUGGCCCUCGGGAGAGUGACUGCCUGGCAUGCCGCAAGUUUCGGGAUGAUGCUACGUGCAAGGAUACGUGUCCCCCAUUGGUCCUGUACAACCCCACCACUUACCAGAUGGAUGUGAACCCUGAAGGAAAAUACAGCUUUGGAGCCACUUGUGUGAAGGAAUGUCCACACAACUACGUGGUGACAGACCAUGGCUCCUGCGUUCGCUCGUGCAAUGCUGAUACUUACGAAGUGGAAGAAAAUGGUGUUCGAAAGUGUAAAAAGUGUGAUGGGCUAUGCAGCAAAGUGUGCAAUGGCAUCGGAAUAGGUGAACUUAAAGGGAUUCUCUCUAUAAAUGCUACAAAUAUUGACUCCUUCAAAAACUGUACCAAGAUCAAUGGGGAUGUCAGCAUUCUCCCAGUUGCAUUUCUAGGUGAUGCCUUUACGAAGACCCUACCUUUGGAUCCCAAGAAGCUGGAUGUCUUCAAAACAGUCAAAGAAAUAUCAGGAUUUUUGUUGAUUCAAGCCUGGCCUGAGAAUGCUACUGAUCUCUAUGCUUUCGAAAAUCUGGAGAUUAUACGAGGCAGAACAAAGCAACAUGGCCAGUAUUCCCUUGCCGUUGUUAACUUGAAAAUACAGUCUCUAGGGCUGCGCUCCCUCAAGGAAAUAAGUGAUGGAGAUGUUGCCAUUAUGAGGAACAAGAAUCUCUGCUAUGCUGACACCAUGGACUGGCACAGCCUGUUUGCAACUGAGAGCCAGAAAACGAAGAUUUUACAGAACAGAGAUAAAAAUGAGUGUGCUGCUGCCAAGCAUGUUUGUGACCCCCUGUGCUCAGACGUUGGCUGCUGGGGCCCAGGGCCCUUCCACUGCUUCUCCUGCAGAUUUUUUGAUCGUCAGAAGGAAUGUGUGAAACAGUGCAACAUCUUGCAUGGGGAGCCAAGAGAAUUUGAAAAGGACUCCAAGUGCCUCCCCUGCCACCCUGAGUGCCUUGUGCAAAACUCCACCAUGUAUAAUGCAACCUGCACUGGACCUGGCCCUGACAAUUGCAUGAAGUGUGCCCAUUUUAUAGAUGGCCCCCACUGUGUGAAAUCCUGCCCAGCAGGGGUUCUGGGCGAGAAUGACACCCUCGUCUGGAAAUAUGCCGAUGGGAAUAAUGUUUGCCAGCUCUGCCAUCCAAACUGCACCCGGGGGUGCAAAGGGCCAGGUCUUGAAGGCUGUCCAAAUGGCUCCAAGAUCCCCUCCAUCGCAGCCGGUGUUGUCGGAGGCCUCCUGUGCCUGGUGGUGGUGGGCCUGGGCAUCGGCCUGUACCUGCGGAGACGCCACAUCGUCAGGAAGCGCACCCUGCGCCGGCUGCUGCAGGAGAGGGAGCUUGUUGAACCACUGACACCCAGCGGGGAGGCACCAAACCAGGCUCAUCUGAGAAUUUUAAAGGAAACAGAAUUUAAAAAGGUCAAAGUUUUAGGCUCUGGAGCUUUUGGCACUGUAUAUAAGGGACUUUGGAUCCCAGAAGGAGAGAAGGUUAAAAUUCCUGUUGCUAUUAAAGAGUUGAGAGAGGCUACAUCACCAAAAGCCAACAAGGAAAUACUUGAUGAAGCUUAUGUGAUGGCUAGUGUUGACAAUCCUCAUGUAUGUCGCUUGUUGGGAAUCUGCCUCACUUCGACUGUUCAGCUCAUCACACAGCUGAUGCCUUACGGCUGCCUCCUGGAUUACAUCCGAGAGCACAAGGACAACAUCGGCUCUCAGUACCUCCUCAACUGGUGUGUGCAGAUUGCAAAGGGAAUGAACUAUCUGGAAGAACGGCGCCUGGUGCACCGUGACCUUGCUGCCAGGAACGUCCUUGUUAAGACUCCUCAACACGUGAAAAUCACAGACUUUGGGCUGGCAAAGCUGCUCGGUGCAGAUGAAAAGGAAUAUCAUGCUGAGGGAGGCAAGGUUCCUAUUAAAUGGAUGGCAUUGGAGUCAAUUUUACACCGGAUUUACACUCAUCAAAGUGAUGUCUGGAGUUAUGGUGUGACAGUCUGGGAGCUGAUGACAUUUGGGUCCAAGCCAUAUGAAGGGAUCCCUGCCAGUGAAAUCUCCUCUGUCCUGGAGAAAGGCGAGCGUUUGCCACAGCCCCCCAUCUGUACCAUCGACGUGUACAUGAUCAUGGUCAAGUGCUGGAUGAUUGAUGCUGACAGCCGUCCCAAGUUUCGUGAGCUGAUAGCCGAAUUCUCAAAAAUGGCCCGUGAUCCUCCACGCUAUCUUGUUAUACAGGGAGAUGAUAGGAUGCACCUGCCCAGCCCUACGGACUCCAAGUUUUAUCGCACCCUGAUGGAGGAGGAGGACAUGGAAGAUAUUGUGGAUGCGGAUGAGUACCUCGUGCCACACCAGGGCUUUUUCAACAGUCCUUCAACAUCUCGCACUCCUCUCCUGAGCUCAUUGAGUGCUACCAGCAACAACUCUGCUACAACCUGCAUUGACAGGAAUGGGCAGGGACACCCAGUGAGGGAAGACAGCUUUGUCCAGAGGUAUAGUUCAGACCCAACAGGCGCUUUCUUGGAGGACAGCAUAGAUGACAGCUUCCUACCAGCCCCAGAGUAUGUAAACCAAUUGGUGCCCAAGAAAGCAUCUGCCUCAGCAGUCCAGAAUCCAAUCUACAACAACUUCUCUCUCGCAGCAAACUCAAAGGUCCCCACAGACUCCAGCUACCAGAAUUCACACAGCACAGCUGUGGACAACCCCGAGUAUCUCAACACCAACCAGUCUCCUCUGGCCAAGACAGUCUUUGAGACCUCUCCAUACUGGAUUCAGGCAGGCAACCACCAAAUAAACCUGGACAAUCCUGACUACCAGCAGGACUUCUUACCAAAGGAAACCAAACCUAACGGUCUCCUGAAAGUUCCUGCAGCAGAAAACCCAGAGUACUUGAGGGUAGCAGCACCAAAAAGUGAAUACAUUGAAGCCUCAGCAUGA